UCUGUGGUAUUUUAUUUCAUUUUGAUUUUUGUUCUAUUUUGUUUUUACGGAAUGCAGAGCCGGUGCGUGUAAUAUUGUGACUGUUUUUCGAUUUAUUACGGAAUACAAAACGCACAAUGGCAACACGGGGAAGGAACUUUAAUAAGAGUCAAGAAUGGGAUCCGAUGAGGGAAGACUUCAACAACACAACAUAUGACGCACAGUAUCCAGAUGAUGAUGCCAGCGACGGAGUGCAGCUAGACCACUGUCGUCUGUACAUCACGAAUAUACCCAAAGGUCUGAAUGAUGAGGGUCUGAGGUCGGCCUUCGCCAACUAUGGGAAUCUAGUAGAGGUGCACCUUAGCAAAGACCCGCAGAAAAGAUAUGCUUUGGUAUCCUUUGAAAGUCCCAGUGAGGCGAAGUUGGCCAUGAUGAAAAUGAACAGGACUGAACCUUUGAAAUUGAACCUAUCAAUAGCUCACAAGAACAAGAGAUCUGACAGACAAAGGAGUAACGUCAACAGUGGCAGAGAACGAAGCAGCUACAAAGAAGAUACCGUGAGCAUUGGCAGUAAAGGGAAAUAUUCGAGAAAAGAAGAGACAAGCAACGGUGAUGGUGAGACCAUGAAUGGCUUUCCAGUGGAUGAAGACAUGAGUCUGACUGAUCCGCUAGAUGCCAGUUUGAAUCUAGAGCUGGAGAACCUAAAGCUGGAGCAGUUGAAGAUCCGCGAGGAGCAGCUCAUGUGCAAGCACAGGAUGCUGUUACUCAAACAGGCUGAGAGGAAACCGACGCAUCACAGUUCUGGCAAUACAAGAUGCAUCCUGCCUGAUGGAAGGAUUGUUGUGAGGAACGUCAGUGAACAUGGUUUGGAGACGCGAGAUGCAGAUGCGACGUACGCGGCGGGCGCUGGAGACUCGAACGAGACAACGCUAUGCUCCUGCAAGACCACGACCAAGUCGAGGUGCUCCUGGGAAGUCUGCUCCGACGAUAGUAGCACACCGUCCACUUGCAUUCUCUGCUCAGAGGAACCCAGUGUCAAAGAUAAGUCUGAAUUAAGUAGAGUAACUAGCAAGCUUCAGAAGUCCACGGACACCGUCAGCAAGAGAUCUGACGCGACUAGUAAGAAAGAUGUAAAGAGAUUCAAGAGUGAUGAUACUUGCGAUUUGAAGUUUAGCGAUUUUUAUACAGAUUCUGAGGAUGAAGAUGAAACUAACAGGCUUAUUCAGUUAAGAAAUGCCGACUACAUGGAUAUUGUUGAUGAAGAUCUUAAGGUGGUUGUGGCUUUGGCCGGUUAUCCCAAAUCCAGGAUGCGUUUAAAACAAAUGGAACAAUUCCAGAAAUGUUUAAACAAUAUAGUCAACAUGCAAAUGAAGAAUGGACUUCUGAAACGACCCCCAGUCUUCAUAGAUUACUAUUUAAAUCGCGGUGCUAUUGUUUGUAUUUGUAAAGAUUCUGACACUAGAGACUGGGUUGUUAGGAUCUCGCCGGGAAUGCAAGAGCGUAUGAAUAAUAAUCUGGUGCUGUUAAAAGCGAAGGUUAAAAGGUUAUGUCUAGCCGUGCUGAAGAUUCCGAGAGUGUGCUGGCCCACUACAGCUAAAGACGCGUUCAAGUUAUUACAAUAUUUCAAUCCCACUCUAAAGACCCACAUGUGGAGGAUCUAUUCUCAGAAAAUUACAGACGAUGUAGAAUGUACCUCGUUUUUAAUCGAUAGGGUGUCUGGAGAGAUAAUUCGCGGGCCGUCAUUUAAAAAUGUGAUUGAUUAUGAACAAAUGGAGUUUGAACUGACUGGUUACACUGAAAUUUACUACGAAUGUCUACUAUCGAGCAUGCACGAAGAUUUAAGCAGCGUGGCGUCCAGAGUCAAACUUCUAGAAGAAUUGAAAUCCGAACAAAACACUCCGAGAAAUGCCUCGGAACAUUCCAAACAUCCAGCUAUCGAAGAGAAAGAAAUGAAUAAUAAUGAAGAUCACGUUGAUGCUGAGAUGACUGUAGUUAUCGAAGAAGCAGAUGAUUGCGAAGAGCUUGAUGUUAAAGAGAUAGGAAGUUCACGUAAAGACGUUUUGAAGAAAUUGAAAGACGUGCAGUAUGUAGGCGAGAAAGAUGAAGUGUUAAUAUGGUCCGACGAAACUAAUGAUUAUGCAAGUGAACACGGUACAGCGUAUACUGAAGUUAAAAACGAGGAACAAUCUAUUGAUGAUGCAGAGAAAAUGACAUCUACAUCGUUUGUCGCUGUGUCGGAAAAUGCCGAUUCUAUAACCGACAGCACGUUUAAUUUGAUUGCUAGAGGAAGUAAUCUAAACAUUGAUAGCAACAGGGGCAUAGCCUAUCAUAGAAGGACGAAUUAUUUACACGUAGAAAAUGAAUUAAAAGUAGCUAUAACUUUGGAAGGAUACCCGCAGAAUAAACUAGAAGGGACACACAUACGCCGUUUGAAACAUUUAUUCAAAGAGUAUUUGCAUAAAGAUAUGAAGUUGCAAAAGUUUGGGAAUCUGAUCAUACCGAAAUUUCAAGACAUAUACUUGUCUAAUGGAGCUGUGAUAUAUAUUUGUGAUAGUCUCGAAACAAAAGAUUAUUUAACUGAAGUUUUACCUAAGUUCAUUAACUCUACAGGUCUGAAAUUAACUUUUAGGGAUAUAAGUAGUUUGGUAAGGUACACUAGAAUCGUGAUGCGAUUGCCUAAAGAGAUAGCGCAUUUAGAAUCGAUGGAAAUUUUGCAAAAAUUGCACGAUAGAUAUCCUAACUUGAAACCUGAAUGUUGGAAGUACUAUUCAGAUGUCGCCGGUAAGCAGAAACGACAGUUCGGUGUCGAUCCACAGUCGCUCGAAGUAAUAAAAGGCGAGGACUUUGAUGCCACUUACGAAGGCGAAACAUUAAGUUUUCGUAUCAUUGAUAGACAGAAGAGAGACGUUAGUUUUGAUGAGAGAUCAAUCGCUAAAGAUGAUAAAAAACAGAAAGCUAUAGUGAAAAAUAUUUACGUUCCAAUUGACGCAGAAAUUAUGAACGCCCCACUCACAAGAAUAAGGACGAAUCAUUAUUCCGACAUCAUUCCAGACGAUUUGAAAUUGUAUUUAGGUCCUUCUAAUUAUCCAGAAUGCAGGAUUGAUGAAACAUUAUUCCACACUAUAAAACUUGCACUAGAAGAUGUCGUAUGCGAAGCCGUUGAUAUGAAUGAAAUAACAGUCGAGAAUAUUCCAAAAAUUCACGAUAUAUACUUAUUCGAUGGUGUUAUAUUCAUAAUAUGUCAAAAUGCUCAUUCUAGACUAUGGAUCGAAGGUGCUGUGCCAAAAGUAAAUGAGAAAUUUAAUUUACAAUUAAAAUCUACAGAGUUUCGUGGUGCCGUUGGUAUUAUAAGUAUGGUUGUGAGAACUGAUAAGGAUGUGGAAGAAGUAAUAGAUGUAUUGCAAAGUCAAAAUCCAAGAUUAAGAACGAAAUAUUGGCGAAAAAUAAGCACAGUUAGAACAAAAACAAAGCUCGAUGUGGUUUUACAAAUUGAUAAAUUAAGCGCUUUAGUUAUAACUAGCAAGGAAUUUAACAAAUACGUCGGCAAAAAUGCAGUACAAUUCAAAUUGGGACAUCUACAAUCCUUGUUAAAACCUAAAGCUAGCUUAGAGGAGCUAACAAAGAAGUAUAUCAAAAGGGAAAAGAAAUCUGCAAAAACAGAUAAACAAAGCGAUUUGAAAGAUGAAUCGAAGAGUCUAGAAGCUGCUGAAGUUAAAAAUGAAAAUUUGGGAGAAUUUAUAACUAUACAAAACAAGCCGAAAUCAGAAAUUUCUGAUUUAGACCCAAUUGUCAUAGAACCGGACACUGUUUCUCCAAGAAGCGUCGAAAACGAAACAAUACAAGACGAAAAUAUCAAAGUCGUUCUUAAAAUUCCUCUCAACAUACUUCCGGAUAGCAAAGACGAUUUGAGCAUCAUAUUCGACCUUCUAGAAGAUAAGAAUCCAGGGCUUAACACAGAACUGUGGCAGGUUUACACUGAAAGCAAUUAUCCUAGCAAUGGUAAAUUUAUACUUUACGUUGACAAGCAGUCUGUUUCUAUUAUAAAAAGCAAGGAUUUCACCAGCUACAUUGGCGGUGAGAAGCUUAGGUUUUAUUUCUAAAUAAGUUCUUUGCCUGUUUGAGGUAUAUUUUAGCAGCUACUGUACCAUUCUGACUGUUUCUAAGAGCGAGUAUCGUGUGGCACGCUUGUCAUUUACAAAAAGUAUUUUCACUUCUAUCAAAAUCGCAUUGAAACCUACAUGUUACUUAAAAAAAAAAAAAAAAAA